CUAAUUGUGGAUAUGGACAACAAUGAGCUUAAAGGACUAAUAGGUCCCUACAAUGAAGGCGAGGAAUUGAAACUGAUUUGUACCACAAAUGGAGUAAAACCAACAGAAGUGAGAAUAACCCAAUUGACGCCAAUCUUAGUGGCAGAUCGGGAAGCAAUCUUUGAAUGCAAUACAUUUGGUUCCCGACCCAAAGCUACUCUCUAUUGGCUAUUUGAUGGCACCCGACAUAAUACACCUCUUAAUGGAGAGCUGCAAACGUCGACCACAUUGACAAUAAACCUAAAGCACGCGCACAACGGCGUUAGCUUAACGUGUUUGGCACAAAACUCAAAGAUUGACGGCUCAGCCAUUUCUGAUGAACUCAAACUUGAUAUUCAAUAUAUUCCUCAACUAUCACUACAAUUGGGAACUCCGACAAUAUCUCUUCAGUCACUACAAGAAGGAAACGAUAUUUAUUUUGACUGUCAUAUUGAUGCUAACCCGCGACCAAAUGCUCCCAUUUUAUGGCGAUUUAAUGGAAUCAUUCAAAGCAACGUAUCGUUGGUCUUACAAAGAGUAACCAGAAGUCAAAGCGGCACUUACCAGUGCGAAGCCACUAAUCAACAGGGAAUAGCACUCAGUAAUGCCAUUCAUCUCAAGAUUAGAUAUGCGCCCGUCUGUAGCACUCCAUUCACACUGGCGUUUGGAGUUUCAUUACAUGAAUCGGUGGAUUUGGAGUGCAAUGUGGAUGCAAAUCCACCACAAGUUUCUUUUCAAUGGAAGUUCGAAGGCAUUACUGAUCUUGCUAAUUUUAACAAAAUUAAUGAAACCAGUUCAAUAUUGACGUAUGCGCCUCAAUCGGGUCAGGAAUACGGGACAGUGGAGUGUAUGGCUAAGAACACUAUUGGAAUCCAACAGAAAUCAUGCAAAUAUCAUAUAAUACAAGCCGACUCUUCGAAUUCUGUGUUCGACAACAAUAUAAUUAGCAUAAGUUCUUCAUCAUUGGGCGGAGGAGUACCGGCAUUGGGGUCUGCAUUGGGGUCUGGAUUGGGAAGUAGUGUCACAUCGAAUUCGUUUCAGUUAUUUGUGCCAAACCUAACGCCUGCCACCAAUUUUAAGCUGAAAUUGUUUGCAACUAAUUCUAAGGGCAAAAGUGAACAAAUCUGGUUAAAGGCCCAAACAUUAAGGCCAGCCGAAAGACUUGUGGACUCCAACAGCAAUGCAUCAAAUGAUGGCUCGGCUGGCAAUUACAUACUGAGGGGAAAACCGAUGGUAAUGGCGUUAUUGAUUGGCGCCGGAGUCGUCACUUUGAUUGUGAUUGCUUUGGGAGUGAUAGCUGUGGUGAGGGUUCGUAGGACUGAACCCAAUGUCCAAACCGCUCACACCUCUCAACACGACUCUCGACAACAACACACGACUCACACUUCGGCCACACUUUUUGAAGAAGACGAAGACUGCGAGGCCUGUUGUGGUGAUGACUGUUGCGAUGAAAUGCUCUUGACUUCAACCACAGCAACCACUCAACCAUCGCAACAACAGAUUCAGCAACAGUUACAUCAAAACAGCAAUCCGUCGAAAGGACCGCCAGAUAUCAUCCCUUCCUUUGGCUUUAUAAGUGGAGGACUCGGUCUCGACAAUAAAAAUUACAUUACAUAUGGUUAUCAAAGCGAUGAUGUCAUGCAAUACGUGCCUCAAAACGAUGAUUUAGUUCAUUACGCGGAGCUGUCCUUUUGUGGACAGCCAUUGCCAGCGCAACAAACCAUAGCUCAACCAUCGAUGACCACAAAAGCACAACAACAACAACAAUGUGUAGAAUACGCUAAAAUCGAAUUCAAUAAAAGUGCACAAAACACAACACAAAGAGUCAAUCUUAUCGGCUCUGGAAGUCCUAAAUUUGAAUCAACGGUUUGACAACUGGUUGUCGACAAACACCUCAAACAACACAAACUUAUUACUCAAUUAUCAUAAGAAACAAUGUAUGCAUUAGUGAUGCUGUCGUGCAUUACGAACAACAAAAGUUCAACAAAAUC